AUGUUGAUGGGCGGAAUUGGGGCAUUGCCCACGAUACAGCAGCAGGGACAACAGAGUGGUGCCAACUAUGUGCAGCAGCUGGACAAGAGCUUCUUCCAGCCACCAGAGGUUGAGCAGACAAUUGACGAGGUGCAGAAAAUACUGGCCAAUGAUCCGGCGCUGCCCAGGCUGACACGCGGCGAGAUCGAAGAGCUGUACGAGAAGGUGACUCGCGAGGAGUACGAGAAGAGCAUCGAGGCGGGCGACAUGAGCCGAGCGGACAGCAUGCGCGCUCUGAUGCUGGUGCUGCCCUACAAUACGGACAACAAUACCGAGGAGAAUCUGCAGGAGCUGUAUACGCGUCCGCCGGUGACGCGGGUAAUUGAUGCCUAUACGCCACCCAAUCCAAUCAAAUUUCUGACGCCCGAUCCCAGUGCCAUGCCUCGCAGCACAGUGCCCGGCGGCAAUCCCGCUGUGGCUGCCACCACCUACAAGCCAGCCUAUGCCAAUCUGCAGAAGCAGCUGUUACCGGCGCCCACAGCGACUACAUAUCAUCCGCCAGCGCCGGCGCCAGUAAUGUACCAGUUGGCUCCAUCGCUGGCCAAGCCUAGCAUGGACUUCCAGCCGGUUACCAAUUUAACACAAACGGCGCUUCGCCCUGCCCAGCAGACCGGCCAGCGCUUCAGCUCGCAUUACAGCGCCAAGAAUGCACAGUUUCUGCGCAAGCCGAAGCCGGCCCUGGCCACUUCCAGCAGCACAGUUAAGCCCGUGGCGGACAUUCUAGAAAGUCUGGGUAUUGUGGGCGGAGCUGGUGGGGGCAACGGUCAGUCCACUCACAAGCGUUAUGCCAUUGACGAUUACUAUCCAGCGGAGAGUGCACCACAGCCGGUCGUGGCUGUGGCGGAUUUACGUGGACUGCAGGGCGCACGCAUCCGACCGGAUGCCUAUUCCAAUUUCAAGCCGCUUAACAUUGGCGAGGAGCUGCGUGUGAAGCCCGAGGUCGAGGGUUAUCUGACGCGCUUUGGCAUUGUAAAGAAGUCGCCGAAGGCUUUAAAGAAAGCUCAGCCCACGGCGGAGCCAACGGGCGCCCACACGGAGCUAUCGACAGCAACCGCCAGGCUGCCGCCACAGAGCAAUGCGGAGCUGGCUAAGCUGCUCGAAAAUCUGCAGGAGCUGGAACGUCUGCAAACGAAAAGUGCCCGCACAACACCAAGCACCACCAGCACUACCAGUACCACCAGCACGACGACCACAACAACAACAACAGCAGCGCCGCCCACAUCGCUGCCGACGGCACAGCUUAUCACCCAUGGUGCUCCUUUGCUCAUUGAGCCGAAAAAGCCGCGGCGCCGCAUCGAUCCCAACAUAGACAUCAACUUUGCGAACGCAGGCAACCACCAAAAUCCAGCCAGCUCAACGGAUGAGCUGUCCAAGCUGCUGCAGAAUCUGCAGGAGCUGGAGAAGCUGAAGAUUAAUCCCGAGAAUGUGCUGAAGGCAACUAAUCCUAACACCCAUGCGCUCAGCAAUCGUUUCAGCGUGAGCGACACCAGCAACACAGCUUCAUCAACAACAACAACCACCACCACCACCACCAGCACCACGGCCAAGCCGGCCAACAGCGAUGCACGUGAGCUUCAGCUUAUACUGCGUCAGCUGCAGCAGCUGGAACAGGCGAAUGCCGUGCGCAAGGCCGCCAGCAAGCCAACCACCACCACCACCAGCACCACGUCGAGACCGAAGCUGCCAAUAGGUCUGGGCUUUGGCCUUGAUUCGGCGCAGGCCAGUGGGCUGGGCGCUGCGGAUCUGCUCCAGCUGCAGCGUCUGCUCAGCGACGACAGCGAGCUGGAACGACUCUAUGAGCAGGCCCGGAAUAGCAAGAAGGCGGCCAAGAGCAGAGCGACCACCAGCGCAACCACCACCAGCAGCAGCACCUCCACGACGACGUCGACGACCACGACGACGCCGCGUCCCACCAAAGCGGCAGCUGCAGUGGAUCACGCACAGUUCGAGGCAUUGAUAACACGCGUGCAGCAGCUGGAGCAGCUGCAACAGCCCAAACCGACCACGCCGAGCUUUAGCACGCGCAAUGUCGCCGCACUUAGUCUGGGACCAAGCCUGGGCCUGCCCAGCAAUGAUUAUGCGCAGCUGCAACAGCUGGCCGGCUCACCGCUAAUACUGAGCCAGGACUUUGGCCAAGUGGAAAUCUCGACGGCCGCCUCAACGGCCAAACAGCGCCGCCGACCGCUGAAUAGCUUCGAGCGCAGCAAUGGCCUGCUGCAGGAUGUGCAGCCGCAGGACUAUGUGCAACUGCAGAAGCUGCUCAGCAAGGUGCAGGAGCUGGAGCGUGUCCAGCUGCAGGAGGCGCGCCCGACAACAAGCCAUCAGCUGGUAACCGCCGCCUCCGUGCGUACCCAAAACGUGAAGAGCUUGAACGACGCACAGAUUGUCUACGCACAGCCAGCCGCAUUAGCUGACCCGGAAACGAAUCUGAAGCUGGAACUGCCCGUCUAUAGGCAACCGGCAGCAGCGUAUACAACUCCCUUGCCAGCAAGGCAUGACCUGACCUCUAGCGAGGAGCUGCGCGAAUUUGCCAUGUCACAGCCGGCUAAUCCACAACAGAGCCGGGAUCCGGAUCAGGAUCAGGACUUCAAACACUAUCAACAGUUCUUCAGCAGCCUGGAGGACAAUGGCGAGCGUCAAAGCUAUCAGCACAUGCAGCCCAUCUAUAAGACCGUGACACCGGCGCCAGCAUCAGCAUCAAUUAGCCAAAUGCAGCCGGUGGUGUUACCGGCAAAACCACCAGCACCACCAGCAAAACCCGCUCCAGCCACGCCAAAGCCAACGCGCAAGCAAUCCGAUUUGGCGGAGCUGCAGAAACUACUCUACAAUACGCAACAGUUGCAGAAACUGGGCGUGGCGCUGCCCAAUGAGCUAUCCCAGCAGCUGGAAAGCCAGUUCCACAGCACCACCAGCAGCACUACCAGCACAACAACGACAACACCCGCACCAUUGCCGUCGCCAUCACCAACCCAUGAUUCAUCUUCGCCGGCGGUUUUCUCGCUCACCACCAGCAAGCCAGCAUCACCACGGCCGCCACGUCCCAGUCCCACUACAGAGAGCAGCGUGGAGCUGCCCGUGUUCAGUGCCACGAAGAUCAUUGAAGCGGCCAUAAAGCGGGCAGCCAAUCGCAUUGGUGUCUCCACGGAGCAGUCCUUGAGCCUGGGUGCAGGCAGCGGCUUCCGCCGGCGUAGCGAUGACGAUAUGGAGCUGGGGGUGGUGGACGAACAGGAUGGCGUACUGGAUGGCGAUCUGAUGGCCGAGUUCAGUGAGCUCAACUAUCAGCUGGCCAAGCCGGAGCCCCAAGCGGAGGCCCGAGAGCAGCCAGAGCUGGGAGCUGAUCUGACUGAGCUGCAGCGUCUAAUCAGCAAUCUGCAGGAGCUACAGCUGCUCAACGUAAGUCUGGCCCAGAUGAAGCCAGCUUCGCAAUCGCAGAUGGAUGCUAUUUAUUUGCAAUCGCUACCACCGGGCAUUGAUACCACAAAGCCGCGUAGACAGAGCUUGGACAACAGCAGCACCAUCGCCAGCACCACCAGCGCCACCAGCAGCACCAGCACAACUACACUGGAGCCGGAGGAGGCAAUUACAACGCAGGCUCCGACGCGCAUUAGCCUAGAUCUGGGACUCAGCGAUGGAGAGACCGAUGCAGUAGCGGGCAGCGAUGCAGACAUCUCUACGAGCACCACAACUGAGGCCAGCAGCAGCUCCUCGACAACGGAGGAGUCGCGCAAUGGCUCGCUGGAUGAUCUGGCCGACUCGUUCGGGCCCGAUCCUGUAUCCGAGGAGCCCCCGCCGCCCAAAAAGAAGAACGGCUUCUAUUUUCUAGCCGAUUGGAACUCGUUCCUCGAGGUCGGCGAUGGCGAUGAUCAGGUAGUGGUGCGUCUGAGUCCCAAAAUUGGCGAUCCCCGCGACUUCCUGGCCGUCUAACUGGCCCCUUGUCUCCCUGAUUGGCCAAUGUAAAUAGUAUCAUUUACCAUAACAAAAUCCCUAUCGUUACUGCGUGUGUGUGUGUUGUAUUUAUUUUAGUCACUGGUUUUUUUUUCCUCCGCCGCCUAAGGGCCCGGGCUGACCGGGUCGUAGUCAUAAGUUGGGGCCUAAGCCUAAGUUCUAAGAGUCAAUAACAGAAAUUAAAUAAAAAUAACGAUGAACAAAUGUGCUUGAAAGAAAUGCACUCAUGCGAUUUUAAAGGCAUCUAGGCAUCUGAGUUUAAAAAUAAGAACAAAUAUUAUAUAUUCUAGUUUAAUAAAGA